CCACCACAACAAAGCGCUGUCAGCUGGAGCCGGAAGAAACGUCACUCGGGAGUGGGUUCGAAAAGAUCUCGGAGGAAAUCUGGAAAAACGCUCGGAAAACGGCACUGUAUCUGGGUAUUUCGCGCUUCAGAGAACGGUGUACGUUAAAUACGAUCAACGGCGUUUCUCGUGGUAUUACUGUGACCGGUGAAGGGUACGGCCUUGGACCAUGUCGUCGCGGUCAACACAAGUCUGUCGAUUGUGUGCUCAGGAGCGCGCUAGUGUGAAGAUAUUGUUCGAAAAAAAAAAUGCGUCGCUACUAGAAAUGUUCCAAGAAUGUACUGGAUUACCGAUAUCAAAGUACGAUGAACUGCCGCAGGCAGUGUGUGAAUCCUGCGAACAGGACCUGCACACGUUGCAUUCCUUCUUUAUACGAUGUCGUCAAAGAUGGCCCUUCGCUGGAAUGGGCCAGGAAAUAGAAAAGAGCAAUCUGGAUAACAAAGAGCCAGAUCAGGAAGGACUAACAGCUACUAAAACUAAUCAGCAAGAAUCGCGUAGCGAUGAGCGACCAUUCGCUUGUGAGUUCUGCAACAAACGCUUUAAGUCCUGGAUGGGGCUUCAGGAACAUUAUGUUUCACACUCGGAGGAUCGGCCCUUUGCGUGCUCGAUUUGUGAUCGAAGAUUUAAAUCCUCCAAACACUAUCGACGCCACUGUGCCAUACAUUCCGAUGAUCGCCGGUUUGGUUGCAACGUUUGCAACAAGAUGUUUAAAACAUCUUCCGAGCGGAUUUCCCACGCCAAGACGCAUAGCGAGGAGCGCCCUUUUGCCUGCGAAAUUUGCGGUAAAACGUUUAAGACUGCCAAAAUCCGCAAAAUCCAUUACACUAUGCAUAGCAAUGAGCGUCCGUUUGCGUGUGAGCUGUGCGAUAAACGAUUCAAAACAUCCAGCAACCUUUCCUCACACUCGCUUUCGCACAACAAGGAAAGGCGCUUCAAGUGUGAUCUCUGCGGCAAACAGUUUCAUUCCUCGUUCAGACUCAAGGAUCACAUUUCAACGCAUUCCGAUGACCGGUCUUUUGCUUGCGAGCUGUGUGAGAAACGAUUCAAGACUGCUUGCGCGCGCAAGAUUCACUACGCAACGCACAGCGAUGAUCGAUCGUUCGUGUGCGACAUUUGUAACAAACGGUUUAAAACCUCCAGUACGCUGGCCACCCAUUACGCCCUGCACAACGACGAUCGGCAGUACAAAUGCGAUACCUGUGGAAAGACAUUCAAGCAGAACAAAAAUUUGAAGCGCCAUAUGACGACCCUACAUGAGGAUGCAGUUAAUAAAUUGUAACUCGCCUGUUCCAUUCCAUUCCCAUCGCUCUCGGGAAUCAUCUAACAUGUAAGAUAUAAAAAUUACAUUAUGAAACAUAUGUUCUUUCAUUUAAGCCACGCCGAAAACGAAUCACCUU